UAUUUUAUUAGCCCAACAAGUCUUGAGUCACCUACCGGAGAUUUUAAACCACCCUCCCUAUAUACAUACUCCCCUCCACUUCUUCUCCACCACCACCACUUUCUCCCCCCCUCUCUCUCUACAUUUACAUAUAGAGAGAGAAUCUCAAUCUCAAUCCCACACACAGUAACAAUAUGCAAUCUGAGUUGACUUACCGGCGCCCGGAGUCCCAACCGACGUCGGAAUCUUACUCUCCGAAGCCAAACAAACCGUCAUGGACCACCGUCAAUCGCCUUGUUCAUUACAUGCUCCGUGAACAGCGUCUCGUAUUUCUACUCAUCGGCAUUGCCAUCGCCACCACCGCCGUCACCCUCCUCCCCUCCUCCACCAUCACCACCGGUCCAAUUGAUGCCUAUUCGGUCUCUGAAUCGGUCCAACUGAUGAACCCGAGGCGAUCCGUUUACAAUCCUACUGGAUUCGAGUCGUUUAAUAUGGGCGGGAAGAUUCCGUUAGGGUUGAAACGGAAGGGGUUAAGGAUAGUGGUGACCGGCGGUGCAGGUUUCGUGGGAAGUCAUCUGGUUGAUCGGUUGAUUGCGAGAGGAGAUAGUGUGAUUGUUGUUGAUAAUUUCUUCACCGGUAAUAAGGAUAACGUCAUGCAUCACUUUGGAAACCCUAGAUUUGAACUUAUUCGACACGACGUCGUUGAGCCGUUGUUGCUUGAAGUCGAUCAGAUCUAUCACCUUGCUUGCCCUGCUUCCCCUGUUCAUUACAAAUAUAAUCCAGUCAAAACAAUCAAGACGAAUGUAGUGGGGACAUUGAACAUGCUAGGGUUAGCGAAGAGGGUAGGUGCGCGGUUCUUGCUAACGAGCACCAGCGAGGUGUACGGAGAUCCUCUGCAGCACCCUCAGGUGGAAACCUACUGGGGCAACGUGAAUCCAAUCGGUGUCAGAAGCUGCUACGAUGAAGGAAAACGUACUGCAGAAACGUUGACCAUGGACUAUCAUAGAGGUGCCGGUGUAGAGGUGAGGAUUGCGAGGAUAUUCAAUACAUAUGGUCCUAGGAUGUGCAUUGACGAUGGUCGCGUUGUCAGUAACUUUGUUGCUCAGGCGCUUAGGAAAGAGCCGCUAACUGUUUACGGCGACGGCAAGCAAACAAGAAGUUUCCAAUACGUUUCUGACUUGGUGGAAGGUCUAAUGCGAUUGAUGGAAGGAGAACACGUGGGACCUUUCAAUCUUGGAAACCCUGGUGAAUUCACCAUGCUUGAACUCGCUCAGGUGGUCCAGGAAACAAUAGACCCAAAUGCGAAAAUAGAAUUCAAGCCAAACACUGAAGAUGACCCACACAAAAGGAAGCCGGACAUCACCAAGGCUAAAGAACUUCUAGGUUGGAAGCCCAAGGUCCCUCUUCGCAAAGGUCUCCCUAUGAUGGUUUCCGACUUCAGGCAGCGCAUUUUUGGUGACCAAAAGAACCCAGCCACCACCACCACCACGUCCACUACCACGGCAUAGGUGUCAGUUUGUAUACAACACUAAAGCAGUUGUGUUUUGAGUCAUUGUUUAGUUAUGAAUUUCUUAUAUUUACGGUUGAUUUAUUAAUAUUUUUGGAUAGAGAGAAGGGGUUGGACUUGUACGGAGAUGUGUUGUAACUGUACCCCAGUUUUCCUUUUCAAAUGAAACAGACUAUAACAGCACCAAUAUCAUAGGUGCAAAAAUAUCGUAUAACAAUA